GUUGUCAUUCUGACUCAUGCUAGCUUCACUGUCAAUCCGACUUUACGCGUUUCAGGCGGAGUUCAGGUUCUUAAAACAUUUGUGCCAACUUCUUCACCUCUCCACUUCUUCAGUUCACAUAUUUGAAGUGAGAUAUCUGCCUUGGAGGAGUAACAACUCAUGGAAUAUCUAAAUUUGGUGGCACUUUUACAUUUUGGACACUUUUCCUGGGUUUAUGAACUAGUCUUUCCUCAGUGUGAGGAAGAAGCGCACAGCCAGAGAUCUGGAGAGAAGUUUUUUUCUGGUUUCUAACUUUGACUUUUUCCCCUCCUUGGAGAUCUCAUGCGAUGUCACGGACUAUUAAGAGAAGAAAGAGGUGUUCGUGAUUAGUUUUGUGGUGUCUCUACUCUACGAAGGUGUUUGUUGAGUUUAUGUUUUUUUAAAACCAGUUGAGCAACAAGGCGACAGGACUCUAUAAUCAAUGUGGUGUCAGCUGGAAGGACGCGGGGUCCGGAUCUCACCUACACGCUGAUACGUCUUGGGAGUGAUGCACUGGCUUCCCCUGGUUGCCAUGGUGAUUGCCUCGGCCCUGCCCUUCCCUCACAACCCCGUGUCCAGGAUUGCCGCCGCGACGACAGAGCCUGGCUUUGACAACCGCAGAGACCCGGCCGCUCGCCUCGCUGCUCUCCCCCUGGACUACAACUCCCAUGGAAAUGCCUCACAAACGGACUACAACAUGGCUGCUGCUCUCAGCCAACACACCAACACACAAAACCUCCAGAACCGAAGGGAUUAUGUGAAAUCCUCUGCAGAUAAAGAGACGUCCACGUUCAAAGUGGAGACUCAAGGAACCUACCAAUCACACAGCAACUCAGGCAGCGAUGACAGAAGCAGUGACAGCGUGGAUGUUCCCACAGAAGGAGGAACACUCAGGACCGAGGAGAUUUCCCAGGAUAAUUCUCUACCAAAGGACUACAAAGCUGACAGCAGCAGCAGGCGAGACUACGCCAGUUUUGCGGACUUUUCCAAGAAGGACAACCUUCAGGACUAUACAGAAAGACUUACGACAGCGGAAACCCAGAAUGCCGUCAGUCCUGCUGCUGAUCUAACGGGUCAACCAGAUCCAACUGUUCCCUCGGAGAAGCUGAGAGAUGCACCUACACCGAGGGCUGGAAGAGGUCCGACCGAGGAGGAAGGGCCGGGUCUGGGGACCGGGCUGGGCAUUAUCUUAGAAGGAGAUGAUAUGUUUCUGGACGCGCAUCCGCGAGUCCUGUUCUCUCCCUCCCCGUCGCCUCCAGAGCACCCGCCUCUCCUGCUCAUGUUGGAGAGCGGCCUGCUGGAGGAGGACCGGGAUGGAGAGGAGCAGGAGGACAUGGACGGACACAUCGAGGGUCACGGGGACCGGGCGAUCGACAGGAGCACGACUCUGAGUUGGGCAGACUCUACCGAGGUCGGCCGCCCUGUUAAAAGGGAUAAACGCUCACACUUGAUCGACAGACGGCGAGGGGAGCUCUCGGUGUGCGAUUCGAACAGCGUUUGGGUGAUUGACAAGAAGACCGCCAUUGACUACCACGGUCAGACGGUCACCAUCUUGCAGGAGAUCCAGACCCAGAAAGGACCACUCAAACAGUACUUCUUUGAGACUCGUUGUGGCAAGCCGGAGCAGCCCAGCAACGCCGGCAGGUCGGGGGCCGGCGCGGCGCCGAGGGAAGGCUGCUUGGGCGUGGAUAAGAAACAGUGGGUGAGCGAGUGCAAAGCCAAGCAGUCGUACGUCCGAGCGCUCACCAAAGACGCUAGCGACAGAAUCAGUUGGAAGUGGAUCCGCAUCGACUCGUCCUGCGUGUGCGUGCUGCUGUACAGAACCAAUCAGAAGGGGGGGAGGGAGGUCUUGACGAGGAACGGGAGAGGCUGAGAGAGGAGGGGGGGGGGAGUAGAAAGUGACACAGAGCAGAGCAGCUGGGACAUCCUUCUGUGUGCACCCCCCCCCUCUCUCCUUCGUCCCCCCCUCCACCACGACUUCAAAUGACUUUUGAAAAAAACAAGAAGACCUCAACACUAGAUCUUAGGGAACAUUUUCAUAUAUAGAGAUUUUACUUUAAAAAGUACUGUUUUUUUAUGAUUUAUCUUUCAUAAUCUAAGUUAUUUUUGAUUAGUAUGUAAGCAUGUGUAUGUCCUUGAUAUUAAUAUAUUCCUUUAUAUAUAUGUGACACCAGUAUACCUUUAUGUAUGAAGCUAUGUAUAUCUGUGUGUAUUUAUAGAAGAAGUCUUCAUGGAGUGGUAGGUCUCUCCAGUGUCUGAUGAUAAUUCCAGCCUCUGGGCCGCUCGGGUUGUGAGAGGAAGGAGCGCCACCUACUGAGGCUCCAUUUUACUGCUCCACACUGUUCCCAUAUGGAUUACCAUAAAUGUGACAGUGUUUUUUUAGUAUUUGAUACAGAAACUACAGCGUGGGCUCACUGCAGCAAGGUCUCACUCGGGGCUGAUGAUUUACGUUUUGUGGCAGGAAACAUCUCCUUGUGUGGAACUUGUUCAAUGUGGUUCAUGAAUGUAAAUCACAUGACACCAAAACAAGAUCAUUUUACCAUCUGCUGGUUUGUUCAGUUUGCCUGCCAAAAUGUGGUAAUAAAGGAUCUUUGUACUCAGCAAA